AUGUGCGGGAUUUUCUUCUCCUUAUCGUCUGUACCCAAAUUAUCGACCCCAGAGACACGUGCUUUACUGGAAAAGCGAGGCCCCGACUGCUGCCAAACGCACACUGUGCACAAGGAGAUCUCAGCACCAGAUGGAGGACCCCAAAGUUUUCACCUCACUUUCAUUUCAACGGUGCUGGCACUGAGGGGAGAUCAUAUUCACACUCAGCCACUCGUAGAUCAAGCUACCCAGUCAGUGCUCUGCUGGAAUGGGGAGGCUUGGAAGAUCGCGGGGGAGAGAGUCUCGGGAAAUGAUACCGAGCAAGUCUUUAACAUGUUUCUGCAGGCUGUGGCUGGCGAUCGCAAGGGCGCUGCUCAUAGACUGGGCGAGGCGGUUGCAAGUAUAUCCGGGCCGUUUGCCUUUGUUUUCUAUGAUGCAACGAAAUCACGACUCUUCUUUAGCAGAGACUGCCUAGGCCGAAGAUCUCUCCUGCAAGGGUACGAGGAUGAUGGGGCACUGAAAAUAUGUAGUCUGUGUGAUGGAUCUUCAUCGGCGCAUUUCAAGGAAGUGGGGUUUGAUGGGGUUUACAUGAUUGACCUUACAAGGUCUCAUGAUCUGUCUGCCUCUGAGGAUCAGUAUGGAAUUGAGACCUUGCCAUGGAGUUCAGACUUCUCAACACCAGCAGGCCAUAUUGUAAGUCAUUUUCCCCCUCUUGGAUUGCAAAACCCAAUAUCUGAUAUAGACUCACAGAAGAAUCCCAUUCCGCCGAUGAACAUGGAGGUUCCAUCGGAGCAGCCACCUCCGCUGACAUUGAAUACUCCAUUCGUUCAGGAGCUUGAAUCCAAACUUCGCCAAUCGCUUGCAUUAAGAAUUGAUGAAGUACCAGAGCCACCUGGUUAUAUUCAAGGGCGAAGUGCCAAAGUCGCCGUGCUCUUUUCGGGUGGCCUAGACUGUACACUCCUUGCACGUCUUUCUCAUGACAUUCUCCCCAUCGAGGAACCAAUCGAUCUUUUGAACGUCGCAUUUGAGAACCCUCGAGUGGCUGCUGCUGCUGCCGCGUCUUCAAAUCAGCAAAUUCUCCCCCCGUCCCUCCCCAUCUCAACAUAUGAAGCUUGCCCCGACCGAAUCACCGGCCGCUCGGCCUACAAUGAGUUGCAGAAAACAUGCCCAGGUCGAAAAUGGCGUUUUAUUGCCAUUGACGUUCCGUAUACUGAAACCCUCGCACAUCGAGAUCAUGUGAAGCGUCUUAUGCGACCGCAUAACACAGAAAUGGACUUAUCCAUCGCAUGUGCCCUAUACUUCGCCUCAAGAGGUCAAGGCACAAUCCACGAAAGUCAUGUUGAAUGCAAUCCCCUCACUAACACGGACGCAAAUACCUAUACCAGUUUUGCGCGAGUUCUACUGUCCGGCCUAGGCGCCGAUGAGCUAUUUGCAGGCUACGGUCGACACAGCGUCGCAUUUAGCCGCAGUGGAUUUGAGGGACUAGUGUCCGAAAUUCACUUGGACGUCAGCCGUCUGGGGCAAAGAAAUUUGGGCCGCGAUGAUCGUAUUCUUUCCCACUGGGGACGUGAAACCCGCUUCCCUUACCUGGACGAAGACUUUGUUGCUUGGGUACUCCGUGCCCCAGUUUGGGUGAAAUGCGGAUUUGGGCUUACGAAUAUAAGUGAGGGCCAUGACACAAAUGAAACAAUCGUAGGUAUUGACGCGGAGAAAAUGGCCCUUCGGCUUGUUGCACUUCGGCUCGGCUUGCGCAAUGUCGCACGUGAGAAGAAGCGCGCCAUUCAAUUUGGUGCUCGCACCGCGAAAAUGGAGAAAGGCCGGACGAAAGGUACCGAUGCCCUCAGCUGA